AUGGCUCUCGGUCUUUUCAGUUUGCUUGAGUCUUUAGUUCUUAUUCUUAAUGCCAUUUGUAUCCUCCACGAGAAAAGAUUUCUGUCUAAAAUUGGCUGUGGCCGGACAGAUAACGAAUACAGUCCUCCUACAACUGUGAAGUACCAAUUUUUAACGUUUAUCCACUCUGUUCGGACUGUAAUGAGAGGUGUUAAUAUCGCGAUGAUUGUUUUCAAGUUGGUCUUAGGAUGAUUCCUAUCCAAUAAUAUCCGAAUGCUGCACGUCGAACUCC